CAUAAGCAAAUGUCGUGCUCUCCCCAAUCUCAUCUGGCAUGUCGAUCGACUUCGAAACAUUCAGCCCUAAAUCAUUUUAUCGUAUUUCCCCUUUAUAUUUCCCAAUAUCAUUAUUAACCAACUUGGCCAUUCCAACACUAAGAAGAUAGAUCGUGAAAUAAAGCUAACAAGAUGACCUUGGCCUACAAUCAUUUGAAGUUGCUCAAUGCCGCUAUCGACACCACACCCCUCAUUGAUAACCACGCUCACCCGCUACUCACCGCCGAGAACGUGAGUAAGCACCCUUUACUGUCUAUUGCUACCGAAGCAAACGGGGCCGCACUUGAAGACUCCAAGAAAAGCCUCGCUCAUCUUCGGGCCGUGAAACACCUAUCUAGUGCUCUCGGCUGCGAGCAGACAUGGGAAGCUGUAGAAGCUGCUGUUGAACGGAAACGAGUCGAAUCGCGCGAUGCUUGGGUCAAGCGCUGCCUUGACGGCAUCGAGACUAUUCUGAUAGAUGACGGACUGGAUGUGCAGGGGCAGGCCGAGACUUAUUCGUGGCAUGACCAAUUUACCAGGAGUGGAUGCAAGCGCAUCGUUAGGAUUGAGACUGUAGCAGCAGAUAUCAUAGCCGAGCACUUUAUCGGCGGUGAUCCUUCUGUUACGAGCUGGAAUAUAGCACUAUUUAUAUCCCGGAUGGAAGGUGAGAUUUGGCGGCUUGCUGCAGAUCCCAAUGUUGUUGCUUUCAAGUCCAUCGUUUGUUAUCGGACUGGGCUAGACUUUUUUCUUUCGAAGGACAUAAACUUGGACGGUGCGGGAAACGCUCUUGCGGGUAUUAUAAGCGCGGGGGUGACGUCUGGAACACCCAUUUCUGGGUUUUCACUGCGGAAGAGAAUAGCGGAUUCGUCCCUCAACAGCCUGAUCCUUCAUGCUGUUGCUCCCAUCGCUCAAGAACACGGAAAGCCAAUCCAAUUCCACACAGGCCUCGGCGAUAACGACAUUACACUGACCAAGUCAUCGCCGUCUCAUCUACAAGCUUUCAUCGAAGAGUAUCCUAUACUCCAGAUCGUACUUCUCCACUCAGGUUAUCCUUGGACAAGGGAGAUGGCGUACCUAGCAGCUAUGUAUCCGAACGUCUAUGCUGAUAUCGGCGAGGUGUUCCCCUGUAUCAGCCGUCAUGGCCAGGAGAGCGUCCUGAGAGAAAUGCUAGAGUUAUGCCCGUGGUCUAAGAUCCUCUGCAGCACGGACGGACACGGGUUCCCGGAGAUGUACUUGAUCGCGACGACUCAGCUCCGCUCAGUUCUAAAGACGGUGCUGGGAGACUUGGUCCAGACUCAGCAGCUUCAAGAAAAACAAGCCGUGCAGCUCGUUCAAGAUAUUUUGUUUUCCAAUUCCAAGAAGCUCUAUAAACUCGAGACUAAAUCUACUCUCCUUAGUCUUGCGCAGAUAUCAACCGUCUCAACUACCAACUGGAGUAACCAGACAGUUAUCCAGAAGCUUCAGAGCCUUAAUGCCAAGUAUCUGCGCAUCUACUGGCACGACUACACUUCCAGUAACAAGUGUCGGCUUAUCCCGAUCAAGCAGGUGUUCAAGACGCUGUCGAGUGACAAACCCCUGACAGUAUCUCUUACCAAAGCUAGUUUUGGGAUGACGCAGGUUGAUGUGAUGAUUCCCCAAGUAUCAGCGACUGGCAUGUACACAGCCCAUCCAGAUUGGUCGAGUCUGAAAUCAGGCCCUGUCGAUGGCCAUGUUAGCUGUUACGCAGACUUCACAGAACUGGACGGCUCGGAGGCGAUACUAUGCCCGAGGACGAUCCUGCGCAAUGCAGUUAAUAAAGCAGCGGAUCAAGGAUUGAACUUCCUCCUCGGUUUCGAGGUCGAGUUCCUCGUCAUGGAACGCAAUCCGGAUGCACCCAACUUGGACAAGUUUCGAACACUACGCAGUGACGGCCACAGCUGGUCGGUAUCAAGAGCAUUCUCUGAUUGGGGCCGUGAGGGCAGCUUUGCCACAGCCAUUGACGAGAUCCUGGAUAGUCUGGACGCAGCAGGUAUCGAAAUCGACCAGUUCCAUCCCGAGAACGCGCCGGGUCAGUUCGAGCUUGUGUUGUCACCACUACCACCGCUAGAAGCCUGUGACAGCGUGCUGCAUGCGCGUCAGAUUCUCGAAUCCGUCUCGGCGCGCCACGGGUUCCGGGUGACACUUCAUCCCAAGCCAUUUGCAACAAAAUGCGGAUCAGCCUCGCACGUGCACAUGUCCAUCUCCUCUCCCGGAGGUGACCAGCCGGAGGUUUAUGAGCCAUUCUACGCCGGCAUCCUGGAACAUUUCCGUGCCAUCAUCGCCUUUACGAAUAGCAACAUAACGAGUUACGAGCGUAUGGUGGACAGUGCCUGGGCAGGUGGAAGAUGGAUCUCUUGGGGCACGCAAAAUAAGGAAUUGCCGCUGCGUAAGAUUGAGGGCAGCCACUGGGAAGUUAAAGUCCUUGACGGCUUAGCAAACCCUUACUUCGCUGUCGCAGCGCUUCUGACUGCUGGCACGGAUGGUGUCCGGAGAAAGGCACCAUUGACCUGGAAGGACUGCGCGGGAGAUCCCGCCCGCUUUACUACGGAAGAGAGGGCAAAGUUAGGUAUCGAGAAGAUGUUUCCGGCAGACUUGCGGGAAGCUCUACAGGCGCUCUAUUUGGACGAUACCCUCGGCCUUGAUCCUGAGUUUGUGCAGCGAUAUAUCCAUAUUAAGGAGGCUGAGCUCGCAAUGCUAGAGCCUAUGACGCCUGAGGAGCGGCGCGAGUGGAUAAUAGAGAGAUAUUGAGAGUAAAAAAAAGAAGAUGAAUAAUAGAAUCUAGGUUAAUAGAGUAACCGAGGGGUAUUUAGAUAUCUCAACUGUAGAAGGUCAUGUUGACUAGAUGGAACACAAGAGUGCAUCUUAGAAACCAUAAUAUUACAAAAGUAAAAGGUGAUAAUUU